GCGGGCCGCAGCCGCGGCGCCCGGAAGACCCGGCUCCGGGACGCAGACCCCGCCCGGGCUGGCUCGGCGCCGGGCUCCGGGCUUCCACUCAGUCUUUGACCCUCGGUCCCCGCCCGCUCCCCCCUCGCAGGCCGCACCACUGUAACCGCUGCCCCUGCCGCCGCCGCUCCUUCUCGGGCCGGCCGGCGGAGAGCGCAGCGCGGCGGGGCCGGCGGCAUGGCUGUGUCUUGGAGGAACUGGCUGGCCAACGAAGGGGUUAAACACCUCUGCCUGUUUAUCUGGCUCUCCCUGAAUGUCUUGCUUUUCUGGAAAACCUUCCUGCUGUAUAACCAAGGACCAGAGUAUCACUACCUCCACCAGAUGUUAGGGCUAGGAUUGUGUCUAAGCAGAGCCUCCGCAUCUGUUCUUAACCUCAACUGCAGCCUUAUCCUUUUACCUGUGUGUCGGACGCUCCUGGCUUACCUUCGAGGAUCCCAGAAGGUUCCAAGCAGGAGAACCAGAAGAUUGUUGGAUAAAAGCCGAACAUUCCAUAUAACCUGUGGUGUGACUAUCUGUAUUUUUUCAGGUGUGCACGUGGCUGCCCAUCUGGUAAACACCCUCAACUUCUCAGUGAACUUCAGCGAGGAUUUUGCUGAACUGAACGCAGCGAGAUACCGAGAUGAGGAUCCUAGAAAACUUCUCUUCACAACUGUUCCUGGGCUGACAGGGGUCGGCAUGGUGUUGGUGCUCUUCCUAAUGAUUACAGCUUCUACAUAUGCAAUACGAGUUUCCAACUAUGACAUCUUCUGGUAUACUCAUAAUCUCUUCUUUGUCUUCUACAUGCUGCUGAUGUUACAUGUUUCAGGAGGGUUGCUGAAGUAUCAAGCUAAUUUAGAUACCCACCCUCCUGGCUGCAUCAAUCUUAAUGGAACCCGGUACCAGAAUGUUCACUUACCAGACCACAGCUUGGAACAUUUUCAUGAAUCUUUCUCUGGAGGACUUUCAAAACCAGAUGAACUUACCAAAAACAGAUCUGUGAACAUUUGUAUGGAAGAGCCCAGAUUUCAAGCUAAUUUUCCACAGACUUGGCUUUGGAUUUCUGGACCCCUGUGCCUAUAUUGUGCUGAAAGACUUUACAGGUGUAUCCGGAGCAAUAAACCAGUUACCAUCAUCUCGGUCAUAAGUCAUCCCUCAGAUGUCAUGGAAAUCCGAAUGAUCAAAGAAAACUUUAAAGCAAGACCUGGCCAGUAUAUUAUUCUACAUUGUCCCAGUGUGUCUGCAUUAGAAAACCAUCCAUUUACCCUCACAAUGUGUCCUACUGAAACCAAAGCAACAUUUGGGGUCCACCUUAAAAUAGUAGGAGACUGGACAGAACGGUUUCGAGAUUUACUACUUCCGCCACCUAAUCAAGACUCCGAGAUUCUGCCCUUCAUUCAAUCUAGAAAGUAUCCCAAGCUAUACAUUGACGGUCCAUUUGGAAGUCCAUUUGAGGAAUCAUUGAACUACGAGGUUAGCUUCUGUGUGGCAGGAGGCAUCGGAGUAACUCCAUUUGCAUCAAUACUCAACACCCUGCUGGAUGACUGGAAACCAUACAAGCUUAGAAGACUGUAUUUUAUUUGGGUGUGCAGAGACAUCCAGUCCUUCCGUUGGUUUGCAGACUUACUUUGUGUGUUACAUAACAAGUUUUGGCAAGAGAACAGACCCGACUAUGUCAACAUCCAGUUGUACCUCAGUCAAACAGAUGGGAUACAGAAAAUAAUUGGAGAAAAAUAUCAAGCACUGAAUUCAAGACUUUUUAUUGGACGUCCUCGGUGGAAACUUCUGUUUGAUGAAAUAGCAAAAUGUAACAGAGGGAAAACGGUUGGUGUUUUCUGCUGCGGACCCAAUUCAAUUUCUAAGACUCUUCAUAAACUGAGUAACCAAAACAACCCAUAUGGGACAAGAUUUGAAUACAAUAAAGAAUCUUUCAGCUGAAAGCCUUUGAGAGGAGCCAGGACUCUGAACAAGGAAUGAGUGCAAUUUCUAAGACUUUGAAGCUCAGCUGGAUCAAGUAGCUGUACCAUGCCAAAGAGUAGCAAGGUUUUCUUAUUUAUGAUUAUUUAAAAUGGAAAAGCAGAGGAUGUGGCAAGAUGACAGGUCACAUUACAUGUUUAAUCGGGAAACCAAAGAGGCCCUGAAGAAUAGUUGCUAUGAUGAUUGACUUUCCAGUGCUCAAAUGAAAAGAAAACUAUUAGAUGCACACUGUUGAUUUUUAUGGCAGAUUCAAGAACUCCCUAGGGAGGCACCGCACUUGCUCACUGUGAGGCUGAUAGCCUUGGUCUUCUUUAAAUUGUUUUUGGUUGAACACAUGCAAGAUUGAAUGAAAUUAAAAAUGCAUUGAAACUCAGAUUACAUUUUCUACGUGAGUAUAAACAGAGUAGCUUUGAUUGAGGAAAGCUCCAGGCAAAUAUAGUAGAUGUUUGAAGAUAUAGCACAGGACUCUGUAUUAAUACGGGUACUUUGUGUCUCCUCUUCCUCACUACUGAUGCUAAUACCUCUAUUUGAUGUCUGUGGCCUUAAUGCCGAAUGAACUUUGGUAGAUGUUGCUAGAGUAUCUAUUUUUAUGUUUUUCUUUCUUCUUUUUUCCUUUGUCUACGGAAAUCUGCCCUCCUUUGCAUACAUUAGACACAAUGAUUUAAUAGGUCUUUUUCAUCUGCAAUUUACUUAAUCUAUUACUGUUGCAUAGUAAUGAGGAAAAUAUCACUACUGUAAAUCAUAAUGGAAUAUAUAGACUAAUAACUCUUCCCAUUGUUCAGCA